ACCGGUGGGAUAGAGUCACAGCGACGGCAGACCCCUCCACGCUGAAUUUCCCUGUUAGAAGUGCGAAAACGCUGCGAAUUGGAAGCCCCUCACCAUGCCCACCAUCUCGGUCGACAAGGCCGCGCUCUUCCAGGAGCUCGGGCGGGAAUACACCACCGAGGAGUUUGACGAGUUGUGUUUCGAGUUUGGCAUUGAGCUCGAUGAAGACACCACCAACUCGGACCGACCAAUCGUCGACGGAAAGCAGGAGCCGCCUCAGCUCAAGAUCGAGAUUCCGGCUAACCGAUAUGACUUGCUGUGCUUUGAGGGAAUUGCGCUUGCGCUGAACAUCUUCCUGGGUCGCAAGCCUAUUCCUAACUACAAGUUGGUUGAGCCUUCGACCGGAAUUCAGACGCUUACUGUCAAGGAGGACACCACAAAGAUCAGGCCGUAUGUCUCUGGAGCUAUUCUGCGAAACAUCAAAUUCGACCAGGCUCGGUACGAAUCCUUCAUCGCGCUGCAAGACAAGCUCCACCAAAACCUGGCGAGACAAAGAACACUUGUGGCUAUUGGUACCCAUGACUUGGAUACCAUUAAAGGGCCUUUCACCUACGAAGCCCUUCCCCCGAAGGACAUUAAGUUUGUUCCUUUGAACCAGACCAAGGAAAUGAAUGCAGAGGAAAUGAUGGGUUUUUAUGAGAAAGACAAGAACCUGGGCAAAUACCUCCACAUCAUCCGCGAUUCCCCAGUUUACCCGGUCAUCUAUGACUCUAACAGAACUGUUUGCUCUAUGCCACCUAUCAUCAACGGUGACCACUCAAAGAUCAAACUCACCACCACUAAUGUCUUCAUUGAAAUGACUGGAACUGAUAAGACAAAGCUCGAGAUCGUGAACAGAAUGAUGGUUUCCAUGUUCUCGCAAUAUACAUUGGAGCCAUUCACCAUCGAGCCUAUCAAGAUUAUCUCCGAGCACAACAAUGAGACCAGAGUUGUCCCCGACAUUGCGUCCCGGACAACUCAAGCAGAGGUCUCUUAUAUCAAUGAGUGCUGCGGACUGAACCUUUCCCCCGCUGAGAUUUGCGAAUACCUGAAGAAGAUGGCCUACCACGCCAGGCCCUCCGCCGACCCAAAUCUUAUCGAUGUAGACAUCCCUCCAACUCGCGCAGAUGUCCUUCACCAGGCGGAUAUCAUGGAAGAUGUCGCUGUUGCUUACGGUUUCAACUCGCUCCCGCGCUCUUUCCCAAGCAAGUCUGGCACUGUUGCCCAGCCCUUGCCCAUCAACAAGCUUUCCGAUAUUGUGCGAACGGAAGCCGCAAUGGCGGGCUGGUCUGAGGUGUUGCCUCUGAUCCUCUGCUCGCACGACGAGAACUUCGCCUGGCUGAACCGCAAGGAUGACGGGAACACUGCAGUCAGACUGGCCAACCCCAAGACCCAGGAGUUCCAGGUCGUCCGCACUAGUCUCCUGCCCGGUCUUCUGAAGACCAUCCGAGAAAACAAACACCACACAGUCCCCAUGAAGAUCUUCGAAGUAAGUGAUGUAGCUCUGAAGGACUUGGAGCUGGAGCGUAAGAGCCGCAACGAGAGACGUUUUGCGGCCGCAUGGUAUGGAAAGACCAGUGGAUUCGAGGUUGUUCACGGUCUCAUGGACCGCAUCAUGGCCAUGCUCAAGAGUGCUUUCAUCACUGGCGAGGAAGGUCUCGAGAACCAGGCCAUGAACGACUCACAAUACUGGAUUGAGGAACUCGAUGAACCCACUUACUUCCCCGGUCACGCCGCCUCGAUUUACGUUCGCAUUGCUGGAAAGGAACAUAAGAUUGGCGCCUUCGGUAUCCUGCAUCCCACAGUGCUGGAAAACUAUGAGCUGAAGUACCCCGUCAGCACGCUGGAGAUCAACAUCGAAGCUUUCCUAUAAGCGGGAGUAAAUUUUGUUUGGUCACAUGAUAUACAUGCUCUACAUAUAGAUGAUGCCAUGAACCAGAGAGUCUUAAGAUGAAGAUAAAAUAAAAAAUGAAAUUCGAUUCGUUAGUUUUACAUACAUA